AAGGAUGAAAAUUCCGCAAGUAAGGAAGAAACGUAUCGAGAUUGGUUGGAGCACGAACCAGUAUUACAUGUCCGUGGUUGGAACACCGAAACAAGCUAGUGGCUGGAGCAAUAACUAAAUGAAUAUUGUACAGAUGACAUGAACAAAUAUGGCCUUUUCUGCAACAAACAGAGAGCAUGCACAUUUAAUAGAAUUUGUAAAACCUGAAGAUAACCCAAAUGGUCACAGAGAAAGAUCACUGAGGCAGAAUCCAGCGCUUGUGAAACAGAUUUCACUUGGUGGGGAUGAGGCGAGGUCCUUCUAUGAAGAACUCCUAUCAUUACCUGCCUCAGUGUCUUUAAAAACAGCAAAAGCAUGUGAAACUGAACAGCAGGGGAACCAAUGGCAGCAAGAAUGUGAGGAUAAAAGACUUAAAAAAUCUAAAAAUGAACGAUCAAAAUAUGUCAAAAAUGAUUGUGACAAUAAUAAAGCUAUGAAAUUAUGUGCUACUGGAAUUAUAGAAGUAGGCAAGACUUCAUCUAAAGAUGCCAAAGCCAAAUUGCAGACAAGUAUGUCACCGAGACCUUGGAUGAAAGUGACUGCAAAUUGUCAGAAACAUCACAGUCUACAACUUCUUACUCAGAAAGAGGCAAAGUUUCUUUGGUGUUCUCAGAAUGGUGAGGUGGAGCCGAUUCAGAAUCUGAUUAGCCUCGGGAUUAAUAUAAAUGUCUCAGACAUGUUUGGGUGGACAGCAGCAAUGUGUGCUGCAUUUGAAGGCCACUCAGAAGUGCUGAAAUGUCUUGUUGACUCAGGAGCUGAUUUAUCUCAGACCAACAAUGCUGGGCAAACAGCAGUGCAGUUGGCACAAAGCCGGGGUCAUAGUUCUGUAGUACAUUUCAUCGAGAAGAUUCAAAGGGAAAGAAGAGAUGGCACACUCCAGCCCCAUAUCAACACACCAGUCUUGCCAAAUGUAAAAUUUUACUGUGAUGUGUGCCAGAUACAAUGUGAUAAUAAAAAGACUCAUUUGACAUCCACUGUACAUCUUUUUAAUGUAGGUCUCAAACCAAGAGACCAUGCAUUUUUGAUUCCUCCAUCAAAUGUAGGCUAUCGUAUGUUGUUGAAGAGUGGUUGGGAGGAUAACAGAGGAUUAGGACCUUAUGGACAGGGUCAGAAAUAUCCUGUGAAAACAUGCCUAAAGAGGGAUAGAAAAGGUCUUGGAAACAAAAAUGGCGAAAGUAAGAUAACUCAUUUUCAACCGUAUGAUACAUCAGCUGUCCAUAGUGUUCACAGUAUUCAGAAAAGCAGUCAGAGGAAACCAAAUGUGAGAACACUUUCUAGAAAAGAACAGAGAAGGAAAGAGAGAAAGGAGAGAUUGUGGGAGAUGGAAAUGAGGAGGGCUCUUACUUGAAAGAUAAAGACGGGCAUUGAAUAAUUCAUGUGCUGUGUGUAGUAUGUGUGUGUUCAUGAAGGUACAUAAUGCCUAAUCUAAAAUGUGUUUCUACACCUGUCUAUAAAUGCAUUGUAUAGUUAUAAUAUUACUAUAUUGUAAAUUGGCUGACAGACUUAUCCUCUGUGAGUAAAGUGUUUGUUGAAUAUUGUUGGGGGAGGGGGGGUUUGUGUAGAUUAUUAAAGUAUAAUGCUUUAGAUAUUUAAAUGGUAGUGUAGUUAUUAAUUUACUGAUGUAGACUUUUGAUAAAUGUCAGCGACCGCCAUGUCAUUCAACAUUGAUGGUGGUGCCCAUCUUGGUUACUCUUGGAGACCAUCUUUCAAUAUGAAACUGGCAGUCAACUAUAAAGCAGCAACAGUCCUGUAUAGUCUGAUGUCCACGGCCUCUGGUGUUCCUGGAGGAACCUAUUAAAUAUUAUGAAAAGCUUUAAUUCUGAUGACAUCUGUUCACUCAAAUACUGACAGUAUAUAUUAAUUCCAGCAUUAUAAUUUUGUUUUAAAUGGUUUAAGUGAACACCAUACUACAUUAUGAUUGAGCUUGUCAGAAUUAAUAGCUACUGGAGACUGCAUAUGUAGUAGAGGCUUGCUUAGACUCUAGCUGUGGGGACAAAUGAAUGUGAAAGACAUAAAGUUUCAUUGUCUGAAUUCCUGUGAAUGAUGAAAAUAAGAAUGGAAACUUUAGAAGAGAAAGGUUUGUUAAAGAAAGUAGCUGUGAAAGAGAGAAGAGCAACUAUCACAACCUCAACCAGCAGUUGGUAGAGGACUAAAACAGAGGCAAAAGGUUUGGUUUGGCGGUUGCUGUAGUAGAAAAAGCAAGCGAUCACCACAAUAAAGGUACAACAACUUA